UAGUUCUAUUCUUGAAACAAUCACUUCGUCUUCACGAUUGAAACAGAAGUUCUCUCUCUCUGUGGAUUGUGCAUCAUGAUUGAACAAAGAACUUGUUCCUAUCCCUAUUCCAUGGCAAAAGUAAGGAAUUGUAUCAGGUGUAUGUCCACGAGAGUCGGAACAUCUCAAGGCGUUAAGGAAUGCCAUGAGAAUCCUCUCUUGGGGGUGUUUGGGACACUCUCAAGCUGGUUACCUAAAGAUAGAAAUUCUGAUACUGUGACGAACUUGGGAGAGAGUACCAUUGCCAUGAUGCUUAAGAAGGAUCCAAGGUGCUGCGGAUUCAAGGCACGCAAAUAUUCUUGCUUACUCGAUCCCUCCGGGACACUAGAUUCCCACCAGAGUAAGCGAACUAAAAAAGAAGCCAACCAUUUCAACGAUCUUCUGAUUUACGCUUCAUAUACAAAUGGAAUCCAAGCAAAAAGGAGAUACAUUCAUUUUGAUGAGAUAACCAUCCCUAGUGUAUCAUCACGUGCACUAAACUUGUUAAAAUUGCCGCAAGCAAAUAGUGGCAUUGAGCCAAUUCUAUAA